CUUUCAAAUGGUAUGUCAAACUCUGGCUGAAGAGAAGAACUUUAGCCCAUCUAUGAAAGAGUAACAACAAGCUUGUCAGCAAGCACCGGCCAGAGCCACUUCCGCCUCCUUUGCGUGUACAUCUUGGUGGAAACGUGACAAAAUGACUACGAAGCGUCGCAAUGGUGGACGUUCCAAGCACGGACGGGGCCAUGUGAACCCUGUCCGUUGCACCAACUGCGCUCGUUGCGUCCCUAAGGACAAGGCGAUCAAGAAGUUCGUGAUUCGUAACAUUGUUGAGGCUGCUGCUGUCAGGGACAUCACUGAAGCUUCAGUCUACAGUAUGUACCAGCUCCCCAAGUUAUACGCGAAACUUCAUUACUGUGUGUCAUGCGCCAUUCACUCCAAGGUUGUGCGUAACAGAUCUAAGGCUGAAAGGCGUAACAGGAACCCACCUCAGCGCAACUUUGCACGAGGUCCACGACCGGGAGGACAGCAGCCCAGGAAGUAAUUUGUCUCGUUAAUAAAUUUACUAUAAACACAA